CAGCCACUCGCUCGCGAAUAGGUGGCGUUUAAAGGGCGUCUCCGCAAAAACGCCACACCACACGGAUCGAACACAAGGCUCGGUUCCUCUCGCGGCGGCGGCGCAGGCAUCUCCCUCCUCCUCCUCCUCCAUCUCCGGCAAGGCAUUUUGCAUCUGACCUCAACAACAAGCCAAUGGCAGGUGGCAGGGUUGCACAUGCUACCCUCAAGGGCCCGAGCGUGGUGAAGGAGAUCUUCAUUGGGCUCACCCUUGGGCUGAUCGCUGGUGGCAUGUGGAAGAUGCACCACUGGAACGAGCAGAGGAAGACUAGAUCCUUCUACGACAUGCUCGACAAGGGCCAAAUCAGCGUUGUCGUUGAGGAGUAGUUUUCAUGUGUCAAAUCUGAAGUUGUCUAGUCUUUGUUUUUGCCCAGUUCUUUCUGAAACUCUCUGGAGAGCAUGACGAAGUGAAUGCUGUGGAGAUUUGUCAUGAAAAUAAGCUUAACCAUUUGAGAACACCAGAUUUUGUUGAAUUUCCGUCCUUUUCAUGAAUAUUUUAAACGUGUUCGUGUCAUAUCAAACAACUUGGUACUGUAUUGCUUCCACUUGUCAUCAAUCUGAUCUAGUUUUACAUA